GUGCCUCAGGUGGACAUGGUGGACACCGGGAGCAGCUUCGCUAUGACCUACGCCUUCUGCUCCCAGUUCUCCAAGGGCGUGUACGCCAUCAUGGGUCUGUACGACCGGAAGACGGUCAACAUGCUGAUGUCCUUCUGCGGCUCCCUGCACGUCUGCUUCGUCACGCCCUCUUUCCCAGUUCAGACCAACAACCAGUUCGUCCUGCAGCUGCGUCCCCAGCUGCAGGAGCCGCUCAUGGCUCUGCUGGAGCAGCUGGACUGGAGCAGGUUCGUCUACAUGUACAGCUCCGACUCAGGUCUGUCGGUGCUGCAGACGAUCCUGGACACGGCGGCGGAGCGGACCUGGCAGGUGACCUCCGUGAACCUGGACACGCUGACCGAGUCCGGCUUCAUCAAGAUGCUCACCGACCUGGAGCUGAAGAAGGACUUCAAGGUCAUCGUGAACUGUGAGCUGCUGAGGCUCAACUCCAUCCUCCAGCUGAUUUCUGCUCAGAAGAGGAACUUGAAGGAUUACCACUUCAUCCUGGCCAAUCUGGGCUUCAUGGACCUGAACGUCACAGAGUUCCAGAAGCUGGGGGCCAACGUGACGGGCUUCCAGCUGAUGAACUGGUCCGACCCGGCCGUGGAGAAGCUGAACCAGGACUGGCUGAACUUCGACACCAAGGACCUGAAAACACACACACACACAGACACACACUCGAUGGUGACCCCCCCCCCCCCCCCCUCGUCUCCUCAGUACACCGGAGCUCUGACCUACGAUGGAGUGAGCGCCAUGGCGACGGCGUUCCAGAACCUGCGCCGGCAGCGGAUCGACAUCUCUCGCCGCGGCAACGCAGGGGAGUGUCUGGCCAACCCCCCCGCCCCCUGGGGCCAGGGCAUCGACAUCCAGAGGGCCCUGCAGCAGGUGCGUCUCGAAGGUCUGACGGGUCACGUGCAGUUCGAUGAUCAGGGACAUCGAACCAACUACACCGUGACCGUGAUGGAGCUCGGCAGCAAAGGAGCCACGAAGAUUGGCUACUGGAACGAGAGGAGGGGCUACGUGAACACCGCCAUCUACAGGCCGGCGCCGGAGGAGGCCUACGGGCUGCAGAACAGAACCUACAUCGUCACCACCAUCCUGGAAGCUCCCUACAUGAUGCUGAAGAAGAACCACGAGCAGCUGGUAGGAAACGACAAGUUCGAAGGUUACUGUGCCGAGCUCGCCUCGGAGAUCGCCAAGCACGUGGGCUUCACCUACCGCCUGCAGCUGGUGGGCGACGGCAAGUACGGCGCCAGAGACGGGAUCACGAAGAUGUGGAACGGCAUGGUGGGAGAACUGGUGUACGGGAAGGCCGACGUGGCCGUGGCCCCGCUCACCAUCACUCUGGUGCGAGAGCAGGUGAUCGACUUCACCAAGCCCUUCAUGUCCCUGGGAAUCUCCAUCAUGAUCAAGAAGCCCACCAAGUCCAAACCAGGCGUGUUCUCCUUCCUGGACCCGCUGGCCUACGAGAUCUGGAUGUGCAUCGUCUUCGCCUACAUCGGAGUCAGCGUGGUGCUCUUCCUGGUGAGUCGGUUCAGUCCGUACGAGUGGAAGGGCGAGGACUCUGAUGAUGAAGAUGAGACCUCGCCUGAAUACACCAACGACUUCGGGAUCUUCAACUCCCUGUGGUUCUCUCUCGGGGCCUUCAUGCAGCAGGGCUGCGACAUCUCUCCCAGGUCUCUCUCCGGCCGGAUCGUUGGAGGCGUCUGGUGGUUCUUCACCCUCAUCAUCAUCUCCUCCUACACGGCCAACCUGGCAGCCUUCCUCACCGUGGAGAGGAUGGUCUCCCCCAUCGAGGGCUCAGAGGACCUGGCCAAGCAGACAGAGAUCUCCUAUGGGACCCUGGAUGGAGGCUCCACCAAAGAGUUCUUUAUGAGGUCCAAGAUCGCAGUGUUUGAGAAGAUGUGGUCGUACAUGCGGAGCACGGACCCGUCAGUGUUCGUCAGGAACACGGACGAAGGCGUGGUGCGGGUCCGGAAGUCGAAGGGGAAGUACGCCUACCUGCUGGAGUCCUCCAUGAACGAGUACAUCGAGCAGAGGAAGCCCUGCGACACCAUGAAGGUCGGAGGCAACCUGGACUCCAAAGGCUACGGAGUGGCCACGCCCAAAGGAUCGGCCCUCAGAAUCCCAGUAAACCUAGCAGUACUGAAGCUCAAUGAACAAGCCAUCUUAGACAAGUUGAAAAACAAGUGGUGGUAUGACAAGGGGGAGUGUGGACACAAGGACUCCGGCAGAAAGGACAAGACGAGCGCGCUCAGUCUGAGCAACGUGGCCGGAGUGUUUUAUAUUCUGAUUGGCGGCUUGGGGCUCGCCAUGCUCGUGGCCCUGGUCGAGUUCUGCUACAAGUCCCGGAUCGAGUCCAGGAGGAUGAAGGUGAGUUCCAUGGAGUCGGAGGACUCACACAAACCCUGGCCGCCGGCGACAGGGACACGUCACGAGUGGCGGGUUCAUCAGUCUGAGCCGAUGGAGCAGCGGUUACCUGCUGCCGAGGUGGAGCUGGUCCCUGCAGCCAACAGGAGGAAGAAUCAAUACACACGUCCUCCUCAGAUACAAGAGGAGCUCAUCGACGCCGCCAUGAUGAGCACCCGACUCGGAGGAGGAGGAGGAGGAGGAGGAGGAGGAGGAGGCGUGGCGGCUGUGGGCGGUUUUGGAGGAGGAGCUUCAGGACUCGGAGGCGAGAACGGCCGCGUGAUGGCGCACGACUUCCCAAAAGCUGGAGCUCAAGGUUUACCCUGCAUGAGCAAAGCUGCCGGCAUGGGACGGUCCAGCGGCAUGUGACCAAAACCCUGACUCCUGAUUGGACGGAAUGCUCCUGUCUGUCUGUCGGUGACGAGAGAGGGAAGGAGACGAGGGGAAGGAAAGAAGAGAAGAACAGAUGAGAGUGGGAGGUAAAAAUAAGAAGAGGAGAAGGAAUGAAAGGCGAGAGAAGAAGAAAGGACGAGACUGGAGAGUGAGGGAGAAGAAGAAAAAAGAUGGAGGUUGUAGGGAGGUAAAGAACAAACAUGAGAAGGAAGAGAGGGAAAGAUGAGGGAAGAAGAGGGGGAAAAAGAGAAAGAAUAAAACAGAGAAAUUUAAAAGCAGGAUAAGGAGGAACAGAAAUGAAAGAAGAUGAUGUAGGAAAAGAAAAAUGGUGAAGACAGUAAAGAAAUGAGAAGAGAGACAGAUGAACAAAGAAAGGAGAUCGGAGGUGAUGAGAGAAAAAGGUGGAGGGAGUAUGAAGAAGGAAAGAUGGAGGAGAAGAAGACGACAUGUGACGGACGACAGGAGGAGGAAUCGGACUCUGCUCCUGCAAGACGAGCGACUGGGCUUCACAACCAGAGGCUCCACUUUUUCUAUAAGCUCCUCCUCUUCUGCAAUAAGAGAAACUGAGGAGGGAAACUUCUUAAAGACUCAACUGACGACUUCCUCUUCCUCCUUUUCUUAUUCUACCCAUCACUCCUCCUCCUCCUCGUUCAGUCACAUUCACACAAAAGAGAUUUGAGCAUGUUUUCAUCCUUUAGACUUUGAAACACAGACGAACACGUGUGUGCUGAUGAACAUGAGGGUGAAGUGGAGAAGAUGUAUUUGUCACAUGUUUUAUUUUUUCCUGAAAUUCUUCUAAAACUUUAUUUUGUGGCGAAUAAACACGGAUGUGAUGUUGAAGUUAAAGCUCAGAGUCCGAAGUUCAAAUGUUUUGUUUCGAUCAACACUUUGUGUAACAGCUACUGAUGAACAGCGCCCCCUGCAGCCUCACACCAUGAACUCUGCUGGUCUCUGGGUCCCAGUGAUG